AUGGUUCUGGUAGGAAGCGUCACAGGUAAAAUAGCCGUCUUGGUCGAUGACAUGGCCGAUACUUGCGGUACCCUGGGGUUAGCAGCUAGGAAUUUGAUCGAAGCUGGUGCAACGAAAGUUUACGCUUUUGCAACUCACGGUAUAUUGAGUGGACCAGCUAUCAAAGUGAUAAAUGAAUCAGGAAUGGAAAAAUUGGUUAUAACCAAUACGAUCCCUCAAUCUGAUAAUUGUGAAAAGACAAAUAAGAUUGAUGUGAUUGACGUUUCGCACGUUUUGGCGGAAACUAUCAGAAGGUCACAUUUCGGUGAAUCUGUCUCAUACUUGUUCCACGAAGUGCCUUAUACAAAUGGUAUUGCAUAA